CCCUGUUGCUGAACACGCAACAACUUUGUGGACUGAAGCAGUAACAACAGAAGCUCCUCCCUUUCAGCACAUCUGGAACAGUGGAGACGUGGGGAGGCACAAACCAACAACUCUGUCUGGGUCUACUUGUAUCACCGGGAUAAAGUCAUAGAAUUUGUGUUAGUAAGAGAAGCUACUUUUCUCCUGCAGACUAAAAGUGUGACUCCUCCACCUAACCUUGAACCGCUGGUUUCCUGAACACACCCCGGUGCUGCAUUUCUCCGACCAGGGAUCAACCUGUCCAUCAUCAUCACUGACUGACAGCACCUACUACUAACUGCAGGAUGCCAUUAGGAGGAGGAAACAAAUGUGGCUGCUGUCAGAAGACCGUUUACUUUGCAGAAGAGGUUCUCUGUGAAGGGCGGAGCUUCCACAAGUCCUGCUUCCUGUGCAUGGUGUGUAGGAAGAACUUGGACAGCACAACUGUGGCUGUUCAUCAAGAUGAAGUCUACUGCAAGGCGUGCUACGGCAAGAAGCACGGGCCAAAAGGCUACGGUUAUGGUCAGGGAGCAGGGACGCUCAGCAUGGACAAGGGAGAGGCUCUGGGUAUUAAGCAUGAAGAACCUGCUCCUCAUCGUCCCAGCAGCAGCAGCAACCCAAACCCAUCCAUGCUGGCUCAGAAGUUCGGAGGGUCAGACAAGUGCCCUCGCUGUGGCAAGGCCGUCUACGCUGCUGAGAAAGUGAUCGGAGCUGGGAGUUCAUGGCAUAAGAUUGGAUGUUUCACCUGUGCCGAGUGUAAUAAGAGCCUUGAGUCGACCACACUAGCUGAUAACAAUGGAGAAAUCUACUGCAAAGCCUGUUAUGGCAAAAACUUUGGUCCCAAGGGAUUUGGUUAUGGAAUUGGAGCUGGAGCGCUGUCACACACUCAGUAGAGACACACUGAGCUCUUCAAUGGCAGCAGGUCUCCAGACAGCUGCACUACUGUCUUCAUCCUGCAGAGGGCAGACUGCUGCCAGUCAACAUGCACCUUCAACAUGAGAUUGUACAGUGUGUGAAAUCAACUGGGAAAACAAAGUU